UACAUUCGUCAACUAAAACAUGGCAAUUCUCUCAAUCCCGCCCCUCUGUUACUGCUUCUAGCCUAGUAUUUACACUGUCUGGUCGGGACUCGGGAGUAGAGUAUGGCGGACGCAGGUUCAACUGAAUCACAAAAGAAAAUAGCAGAAAUAAGACAAAGAUUCAGCUCGGAAUAUGCACAAGAUUCAUGUGACAAGUAUGACAUCAGGGAUGUGGACAGGCUACUGAAUGACGACGCUUUGGUGGACGGUUAUUUGGACUGGAGGCACUAUGUGUUGGAAGACACCUUGAAAAUGAUCGAUGAGAGCCUAAAGUGGAGAAAGGAAUUCGAACUGAAUGACAUAAAUGAAAGCUGUAUCCAGAAUACUCUCUUCGAGUCCGGUGUGCACUACCUCCAUGGCUAUGAUAAAGAAGGCAACAAACUGUUCUGGUUUAGGGUGAAGUUACAUGUGAAAGACCCGCGGAUGUUGCAGGAGAGGAAGAGGUAUGUGGCCUUCUGGUUAGAGCGCUACGCCAAGAGAGAACCUGGAAUGUCCCUCACUGUGGUGUUCGACAUGUCUGAGUCGGGUCUAGGAAAUGUCGACAUGGAGUUUGUGAAGUACAUCAUUAAUUGCUUCCAGGUAUAUUACCCAAGAUUGCUUUCUAAAAUGCUCAUGUAUGACAUGCCAUGGAUCAUGAAUGCUGCUUGGAGGGUCACUAAGACCUGGCUGGACCCAGACGCCAUCGACAAGCUGAAGUUUGUCUCCAAGAGUGACAUCCAGACUUACGUCGACGCAGAACACCUACCUUCUUACAUGGGAGGAACAGACCCCUUCAAAUACAGCUAUCCACCUCUGCCCGACGAUGACUUCCAGCGGUCCAUAUCCGAUCCUGGACAUGAGGAUGACAUGGAGGUGAAAGAUGGAGAGCAGGAUGGUGAGAUGGCAGAGCCAGCCGUCAUCCCCAAAAAGGUGUCCUUUUCUGAGGAUGGGGACAUGGACACUGUGAGCAGAGUCAGGACAGCUAGGAGACCCACGACGACUUGGAAAGGCUGUUUGCUCCAUGUCAGUCCUGCUGAAGAGCUGUGCUUUGGCUCCCAAGAGAGCGACAAGAAAUGUCUGAUCGUCCUUAAUAAUGUCACCAAAAACCCAGUGGCCUUUAAGGUACGCACCACAGCACCAAACAAGUACAGGGUGAAGCCCAGCAACAGUAGCUGUGAGCCAGGGACUAAUGCAGAGAUCAUGGUGUCCCUGCAUGGAGCUUCUGUGCCCUCGCCUCAGGACCGUUUCUUGAUCAUGGCAGCAGAGAUGGAACAGAACAGUGGGACAGGCCCAGAUCUGACCUCCUUCUGGAAGGGCAUCCAACGAAACAAAAUGAUGGAGCACAGGCUGCAAUGUCACAUCCUGGAAGGCCUCAAGCCUGCCCUCAACCCAGUAAGAAACAGCCAAAAAGAACAGCCCAAAAUACAGGAGGCCAACGGGUACCAAGACAUGCACACCACUCUCUUGCACAUGUUGGCCAGCAGCACCAGGCUGGAGCAGAAGUUGGAGCGAUGCCUGUGGUCCCAGAAGGUUCUGACAGCCAUGGUGACGGCACUGACAGGCUUGGGGUUCGCUGCUUUCUACAUGUUGUACACUGGGGUCAAUGCACAGUAGCGGCACCGGACCAUGGAGAACUGGGCCUGUGUAUGGAACAUGGAUGUAACGUUGAGGGGCAGAGCACUUACCAACCAAUCAUAGAUGGGAGUCUCAAUGAUGAAGGAGCCAUUCGUGGAGAAAAGAGAGCAAUCGUGUUUUCUGAACAUUACGAUUCUUUUCAUGUUAUUUUAAUACUCACCCAUUUACACUGUGUUUGUUGAUCUGUAAUGACGUCUGAUUUGGUAAUCACAGAAUCAUGUUCCACCUCAAUUGUUUACGGUGACAUUUGGAAUGAACAAAUACAAUGUUGUCUCAUUAAUUAUUAAUUGCAGUGACUUUGCACACUUAGUCUGAGUUACCAAGAACAUUGUGGUUUCCUAAUAUUGCUAAAAACUGAAAAUAAACGUUGAGCAGUGAAUGGUAGUUGCCAGGGCUGCACAGCUAUCUACCCCAUUGUCAUGUACUUAUAGAGCCCACAGACGUUUUACACCUCAAUACAUCAAAUACCACUUCCUCCUGCUCAAGUUUCUGUAUGUGUUUUGUAGGUCGGAAACAAGCAACAGUGCUGAGCCUCUUAAAACAUAACCCCUUACCUUGUGUGUUUGGGGAGACGGAGCUUGUUCAAGGGUGAACGUGUCUUGCUCUGCAUCAAUAUUUAGCCUGAAACUUUGAGUUGACAUCCAGACAGACAGGUCCACAGAAUAAUAUAUUGGUUAGUUGGUUUUACUGGGUAGAAUGUGGAAAAGUGCAUUCAGGUUUGUUGUGCUUUUGGGACUGCAGGGAAUGUACACAGCCAUUGAGGAAACUCUAUUUUGUGCUCUCAGAAAUGUCAAAUUCCACUCCUAUAUGCACCUACCCAUCAUUUGAGGAAAUGCUUGCUGUCAAUUGUGAGAUACAUACAGUGAAUAAUUUGACAUAUGGAUGUGCAAUUGCGUAUCGAUUUGACAUUAAUAAAAUACACACAAGUUGUGUCUCCAGAGUCACCAUGCACGUAGAGAAGGAAAGAACAUUUUUACACUUCAUACAUCCAACAGCAUCUGAUGAAGGGAACUACAAAUGUCAGUGUAUCUUUCAUGGAGGAACAAAUUUCACAAAUAUCAGUGUUUCUUACAAAGAAUCUCAUGCGUCUAUGACUGAAGAAGGCCCCUACUACCCUAAGGUGACGGUGAUGAUGGGAGGUUUGGCAGUGACCAUGGUUGCUGUUGUACUUGUUGGAGUAACUCUGAAGAAAAUACAUCUCUGGAAACUUCACCAGCAAAACUGUGUCCCUUCCAAAGAGUUUCACGUAAAACAUGAUGUCUUUAUGAACUCAAAUGAAUUCACAGCACUUCGGUAUAGGGUAUCAAUGAUUAUGCCUUUAAAUGUCCAUGAAUACAGUACCAGUCAAAAGUUUGGACACAUUUUCCCAAAAUGUGUCCAAACUUUUGACUGGUACUGUACAUAAAAUGUGUUUAUUCUAAGUCAUGUUGGUUGAUUGCUCAGUGAGACUGCUUUGCUUGUGUCUUUUAGAAGGUGCAGGAUAUUGAGCCAACGAGCCGUACAACACAUUCAUAUUGAGAACCAAUGGGCUGUACUCAACUGCCCAGCUGGUCAUCCAGUUGAACUCCCUGUGCUGAUGAUGACGACUGACUUAUACUAUACACACUGGUCACAACUCUUUUUGACUCUUACCAUAGUCUGCUUCCCAACCACUUUCCAGUAACAUUACUUCUUUGGCUCUCUUCCAACUUCAUUACUUAUCAAUAUUGGUUUCCGCCCCACUCCCCCCCCCCCCCCCACCCACUCAAUAAUCAAUAUUUCUGAUAAUCACAGAAUCAUGUUGCACCUAAAUUGUUUACUGUGACAUGUGUAAUUAACAAAUACAAUGUUGUCUCAUUUAUUAUUAAUAAAAGUGACUUUGCACCCUU